AUGCUGCCAGAACAGGAUCCCGGUCUUUCCGGAUUGCCUGUCGCUGCACCGGUUGUUCGCGCAAAUCAGCCAACAGGACGGCAGCAGAAACCAAGUGCAGGAGUUCAGCCUGGUGAAGGGGAUCAAGGACAAGAGCAGGAGGAGCCUCCUCCAGUGUCGCCCGUCAAUGCGCCAGAUGUCAAUGUGAAUCAGCCAAUUGGACAGCAGCAGCAACCAAGUGCAGGAGCGCAGCCUGUUGGAGUGGAUGAAGAAGAAGAACAGGGGAAGGCUCCCGCAGCGUCGCCCGUCACUGCGCCAGCUGUCGGCGCUAAUCGCCAAAUUGGGCAGCAGCAAGAGCAGGCUAGUGGUGGAGGGGUGCAGCCUGGUGCUGGAGUGCAAGGGCAGCAGUCACUGGGAUUUGGUGCACAGCCAUUAGUGGACAAUACUCCUUUUGAUAGUGGGAGUUCAAGAGUUUUCUUUGGGUUUGGCUAUGUAUAUGCUCUUGCUUCGUUUUGGUUUAAUUUGGUCUGA